CGGCAGGGCUGGGCCCCAUCGGGUGACUGCGAACACCUCAGGCCGCCCUCCGGCCCCAGAAGGCGGAGCUCCUUGUGCUGGUUGGCCAGGACUGACCAUGCCGGCGCCUGCGAGGAGGGCUGGAGGGACGGGCCUGGGCCGUGCAGCCUCCUUGAGGUUGGACCCUCUGGCUAGGGAUGGGCUGCCCAGCGUAGGUCUCGAAAGCCGUCUUGCGGAAACCGCAAGCCAAAUUUCACUUUCCUAGUUUUCGCAUCCGCUGAUUACGCAGCGCUUCGCCGCCUCCAGAAAGUCCCCCAGCCUCACCCCUUACAUAGCCAGUCACUUUCUCCAUUGUAAUGACAAUUUUUCACAUCUGUUUCCUUCAGUUCCCCAAUACAACUCAUGAAGGUUUCAAUGUCACCCUUCACACCACCCUGGCGAUCACUACGAAACUGGUGCGCCCGAGCCCCGACAAGCCCAUCCUCCCGGUGCAGACGGGGCAGCAGGCUCAGCAGGAGGAGCAGUCGAGCGGCAUGACCAUCUUCUUCAGCCUCCUGGUCCUUGCUAUCUGCAUCAUAUUGGUGCAUCUACUGAUCCGAUACAGAUUACAUUUCCUGCCAGAGAGCGUUGCCGUUGUCUCUUUAGGUAUUCUCAUGGGAGCAGUUAUAAAAAUUAUAGAGUUUAAAAAACUGGCAAAUUGGAAGGAGGAAGAAAUGUUUCGUCCAAAUAUGUUUUUCCUCCUUUUGCUUCCACCUAUUAUAUUUGAGUCAGGAUAUUCAUUACACAAGGGUAACUUCUUUCAAAAUAUUGGUUCCAUCACCCUAUUUGCUGUUUUUGGUACGGCAAUUUCUGCUUUUGUAGUAGGUGGAGGAAUUUACUUUCUGGGUCAGGCUGAUGUAAUCUCUAAACUCAACAUGACAGACAGUUUUGCAUUUGGCUCCCUGAUUUCUGCUGUUGAUCCAGUGGCUACUAUUGCUAUUUUCAAUGCACUUCAUGUGGACCCGGUGCUCAACAUGCUGGUUUUUGGAGAGAGCAUUCUCAACGAUGCAGUCUCCAUUGUCCUGACCAACACAGCUGAAGGUUUAACAAGAAAAAAUAUGUCAGAUGUCAGUGGGUGGCAAACAUUUUUACAAGCCCUUGGCUACUUCCUCAAAAUGUUCUUUGGCUCAGCAGCACUCGGCACUCUCACUGGCUUAAUCUCUGCAUUAGUGCUAAAGCAUAUUGACUUGAGGAAGACGCCUUCCUUGGAGUUUGGCAUGAUGAUCAUUUUUGCUUAUCUUCCAUAUGGGCUCGCAGAAGGAAUCUCACUCUCAGGCAUUAUGGCCAUCCUGUUCUCAGGCAUCGUGAUGUCUCACUACACACACCAUAACCUGUCCCCAGUCACCCAGAUCCUCAUGCAGCAAACCCUCCGGACUGUGGCCUUCUUGUGCGAAACAUGUGUGUUUGCAUUUCUUGGCCUGUCCAUUUUUAGUUUCCCUCACAAGUUUGAAAUUUCCUUUGUCAUCUGGUGCAUAGUGCUUGUGCUGUUUGGCAGAGCGGUGAACAUUUUCCCUCUCUCCUACCUCCUGAAUUUCUUCCGUGAUCAUAAAAUCACACCAAAGAUGAUGUUCAUCAUGUGGUUCAGCGGCCUGCGGGGGGCCAUCCCCUACGCCCUGAGCCUGCACCUGGACCUGGAGCCCAUGGAGAAGCGGCAGCUCAUCGGCACCACCACCAUCAGCAUCGUGCUCUUCACCAUCCUGCUGCUGGGCGGCAGCACCAUGCCCCUCAUCCGCCUCGCGGACAUCGAGGACGCCAGGGCGCGCCGCAGGAACAAGAAGGACGUCAACCUCAGCAAGACCGAGAAGAUGGGCAACACCAUCGAGUCGGAGCACUUGUCGGAGCUCACGGAGGAGGAGUACGAAGCCCACUACGUGAGGCGUCAGGACCUCAAAGGCUUCCUGUGGCUGGAUGCCAAGUACCUGAACCCCUUCUUCACGCGGCGGCUGACCCAGGAGGACCUCCACCACGGGCGCAUCCAGAUGAAAACCCUCACCAACAAGUGGUACGAAGAGGUGCGCCAAGGCCCCUCCGGCUCCGAGGACGACGAGCAGGAGCUGCUGUGACCGAGCGGGACGCGUGGCUUCCGGGCAGCUGGGGCCGCAGCACUGCCAUCCAGCCUCCCCGCGGCUCCCAGGACGGCCACCCAGCAAGGGCCCCCGAGGCGUGUGCAUUUGGCAGUUCUUUGGGGCGGAUGGAAGUAGGGUGACGCACAGGCCGCUGUCGUCUUAGCCCAGGACCUCCCAGGCCUUUGGAGCCAGCCAGCUGCCCGGAAGCCCCUCUCCCCGCUCCUCGCUGGGCCGGGCCUCUGCCCUCAGGAUGGCUUCCCAGCCCGCGGAUUGGAGGGGACCACCUUUGUAGGUAAAUGUUUCCUUCUGCUUCUGUAGCCAGGGAAUAGUCAUCUGUCACGCCGAGGUGCCUGAGAGGAGAAAUCCCGCCGUGGACCCACCGUGCAGGGCGUCCCGGGAGCGUGGUGCGCCGUUGCCGCCAUCCCUGGCCACUGCCUUCGUUACAGGGGCCCUUCCCUGGACGGGUGUCGUAGCAGCAGGGCGAGGGGCCGGCCAGCGGCAGGCUCAGGCACCUUGGACACCUCACACUCCGCUUCGUGACGUCGCUUGCACUCCCGAGAAGGAGAAACGGAGUGACCUUUUUCUCUUUACCUCUGAUCGGCGCCUCGCAGGCUGUCUCCCUGGGCAGCAGGCAGCUACUGCCGUUCUCUGGGAAUACUGUGAAGGUUUACACUGGAACCGAGCCCGAGGGCACAGGCACCUCUCUAGAGCCCCAUUGGAAGCCGUAUCCCUGGGGUUUUGGGGGGUGAGCGACCCUAUUCUAUGGGGUCCGAGGGAAAGUCUUCAGGGUUUAUGCUGGCCAGCAGCUGCCGUCUUUGACUGCAGUUUAAAUUCAUGCACUUUGACAGAGUGGUGAGAGCCCAGCAGUCCCUUCCCUGACCUCGAUUCCUGACUCGGGUCCUUGUUUGUUCAGAGGCCCCUUUUCCUGGGCUCCGCCCACCGGUUACCUGCUGCACCUUCACUGCUCAUCAGCACCUUUUUUUUCCCUCCCAGUUCUCUACCAUCUUGGGUCCCAUUUGUCCCCGUGCUCCUCCUCUGCCACCCCUCCCCAGGACUCCAGUGGCCGGGGGCCAGCUGCCUCUGAGUCUCACCUGCAAUCCCUGAGCAGCCACUGCUACGUCAGGACUCGCUCAGACUGCUUGCACGUGCGCACACACACACCACACACACACACCCCUGCCCCGGCCACGCGCACACACACACACACCACACACACACACACCCCUGCCCCGGCCACGCGCACACACACACACACCCCACACACACACACCCCUGCCCCGGCCACACACGCACACACACACACACACCACACACACACACACCCCUGCCCCGGCCACGCGCACACACACACACACCACACACACACACACCCCUGCCCCGGCCACGCGCACACACACACACACACCACACACACACACACCCCUGCCCCAGCCACGCGCACACACACACACACACACCACACACACACACACCCCUGCCCCAGCUACACACGCACACACACCACACACACCCCUGCCCUGGCUACACACGCACACACACCACACACACACCUGCCCCGGCCACGUGCACACACACACACACACACCACACACACACCACACACACACACACACACACCUGCCCCGGCCCCAUGGUCCGGGCCCCUGGGCCACCUCAAGGGGAGGAGCUGCCAAUCAUGUCCAGAGGACAUGGAGCUUCUGACUUCCCCGCAUCCACCGCCUUCACCAGCCCUUUAACAAGUCUUUACCUGCUUGCUUGUGCCCAUCUACAGGCCUCUGGCAGUUUUCAUAUGUGGCUCAGGGUCUCAGCUGGAGCCUUGGGACUCAGCACCCUCUGGCAUGGUUUAAUUCAUCUUGUGCAUGUCAUUGGUUCUGUUUCGGACACAGUGGGCCAGCAUGGACCUUGGGCUGGCAGCAAAUAUGUUUCCAUCUUCUCAGCCUCAGGCAGCGUGGCUCUGGAUGUGAGUGAGGAAGGACUGACCUCGGGACCCUCCAGGACGCAUGUACCCAGCCCAUGAGGCCAGACCCCUGCCCUAACCCCUUCCCUUGCCCCAGAAGUGUAAGCGUAAAUCCAGUCAGGCAGGAGGGCACAUGGCUUCCUUUUUAUGCAUGAAAAGUAAAUUUGUACUUGAUAGAGCAAAAAUAUGAUCAUUUCUUUUUGUAAUCUCCCACCUUAACCCCAUAAUUUGAGCCAAAUAGGAUUACUUUACUUCACCUAAUAUCCCCACUGGAAGAUUAAUGCCAUGCAUAAUUCCAGUCUCAGUCAUUUCCUAUUUCUUUUUAGUGGAAAAGAGAAGAGGUCAAAGGGAGGGGUCCUUUGUCCAUAAGGGGAGGGGGCAGGGAUCAGAGGCCAGAUUGUUCUCUCAUUCUCCAAUUCAUAAGUAACUGACUUUUCCCCCUGAAAUUCAGAGUCUGAUCUCCAAGGUGUAAGUUGCAUUGUAAACUCAAUAGCUUGCCGGAAAAAAAUUUGGGGGGUGCUGUGAGUUCUUAGAUUAAAUAAUGAAAACAG